GCCUCGGUUCCGACCCGGAGAUGCGUGUGUAGCCGAGGAGUGCAGACGCGACAGACCCAAUAUCUGGCUGUCCUGAACGCCUCACCUUCGCUGUUUGAAUCCAACUGGGAAGCGGUGGUUCUACUCGGACUUACAAGCGAGAACUUCCAGCGGCUCCGCGAAGACAGCGGGACUCGGCGCACCUUCGCCCCCGAAGCCUGCGCGACCCUGCGGAGCUGGAAACUUCCACACGUCGGCUGUUUACUUUCAUCGUGCUGUAAUGGAGGGGCCCGUGCGGAUUUGUCACCCGAUGAAGAAUGCGUUUGCCUGCUAAACCCCCCGGCGGCUCGGAGAUUUGUCCCUCCUGCAAAAGAGGUCUGCUGAUCAGUCCCGGGAGAGAGUGUGGGCCAACACGGCUGCUGGCAGGGGUCAAAGCGCACCAUGGACGGUGGCCCGAGGGUCCUCCUGUCCGCUGUGCUGUGUCUCAGCCAGUCGCUGCUCAUCUGCUGCUCUACUCUGUAUCCUGUCUUCCGUUCGGAGCCGACCUCUCUGAUCCAGAGUCCCGGUUCUGUGGCUCGCCUGCGCUGCUCGGUCAGCCCCUCCUCUGCAACCGUGUCAUGGCGCUUCAAUGGCCUCCCCCUCAACCCCGACACGCUACCUGCUGUGGAUCUCUCUAGAGGUUCCCUCACCAUCUCCUCCCUCACGCCCCGACACGCCGGCGUCUACCAGUGUGUGGCCCGCUCGCAGCGCGGGCUGGCCAUCGCCAGCCGCCUCGCUCGUGUGGAGGUUGCAGAAAUAUCAGAGUAUAGCGACAGCCGGAGGAAGUCCUUGUCCGUGCAGGAAGGAAGCUCGGCUGUGAUCGAGUGUCCCCUCCCUCCGAGUCGCCCUCCUGCACUCCCCCGGCUGCGAUUCCGAGGAGAGAGAAUAGAAACUUCUACAGGUGAUUAUUUAGUUCUUCCGUCCGGGAAUCUCCAAAUUGUCUCGGUGUCGUCGCGGCAUCAGGGGACGUACAAGUGCGGCGCCUACAACCCGGUCUCAGGGGACGCUGUGGUGGACCCUCACGGGACCAAGCUCACUGUCACAAGUUCAGCCUCCCGCUCACCACUGCAGAUCAUCUACCCCAAUGCCGCCGUGAAAUUGACCGUGCGACUGUCUGACGCGCUCACACUCGAGUGUGUCUCAUCUGGGAAUCCGACGGCAACGACGGUCAAGUGGUUCAAAGACGGCGUGGAGCUCCAACCUGGUCCGUCGCACAAACGUCUGCUCCAGAAUCUGGUCAUCAGCAGCGUGGCGAGCAGCGAUGGCGGGAUUUAUCACUGCAUGGUGGAGACUCAGGAUGAGGUGGUGGUCAGCGCCAACUACACCGUCGAUGUGCAGGAGUCCGUGUCCUUCGUGGAGGAGCUGGAGGACGUGCAGGUGUUUCCGGGUACUGGUGUGAGGUUCACCUGCACCGCCACGGGGCACCCCACCCCCAACAUCACCUGGCUGUUCAACGCUGACCCCAUCACCCCCUCGUCGCACUCGGCCUUCGUCUCGGGACAUGCACUGGUGAUCGAAAAUGUGACGAAGAAGGACGAAGGCGUGUAUCAGUGUCUCAUGGACAACCAGAUCAGCUCGGCUCAGUCAGCCGGUCUACUGACCCUGCGUUCAGACUCUGGCAAAGCCACGAACACUCCCUCACCCACGAUUCACCCGAUGCAGAGCGACGAAGGUCAUGACCUGUACCUGACCGAGGAGGACGUCGGCCAUGUGCCGGUCAACCAGCCGACAAACCGCGGCAGCGAGCGCCUGACCCCCGAGGCGCCAAUCAUCACCAGCCCGCCGCAGACACACAAACCAGACGUGUACGACCUGGAAUGGCGGGCGGGUCAGGACGGAGGAAGUCCCAUCAACGCAUACUUUGUUAAAUACCGCAAGGUGGACGAUAUGGGAACAGUGGUGGGUAGCUGGUCCACGGUUCGAGUCCCCGGCAGUGAGAAGACCCUCCGCUUGUCCGAGCUGGAGCCAUCCAGUCUGUACGAGGUUCUGAUGGUGGCCCGGAGUUCUGCAGGAGAAGGUCAACCGGCCAUGCUCACGUUCCGUACUGGCAAAGAGAAGACCACCUCCACGAACAAGAACCCCUCCAAGCCACCCGUCAUCCCGCUGCCUCCCAAGAUCCCGGAGGACAAAACCCCCAACACUCACUUCGGCGUCAUCAUCCACGACCGAGUGCCUGAAGCUCCGGAUCGGCCCACCAUCUACAUGGCGACGGAAAGCUCGGUCUAUGUCACAUGGAUCCCGAGGGCCAACGGCGGCUCACCCAUCACAGCGUUCCGCGUGGAGUACCGGCGCGGGCGCAGCGCAGAGUGGAUUGUGGCGGCCGAUAACAUCUCACCCUUGAAGCUGUCGGUGGAAGUUCGGAAUCUGGAGCCAGGUUCCACCUACAGGUUUCGAGUGGCAGCCAUGAACAUGUACGGUGAAAGUCCUCACAGCAUCCCUUCAAAGCCAUACCAGGUUCCGCAGGCGAGCUCACGCAUGGCCGACCGACCAGUUGUGGGACCUCACAUCUCCUCCACGGACGCCAUCAGCGACACACAGAUCAUGCUGCGCUGGACAUACAGCCCCUCCAGCAACAACAACACUCCAAUCCAGGGCUUCUACAUACUCUACCGUCCCACGGACAGCGACAACGACAGCGACUACAAGCGGGACGUGGUGGAAGUCUUCAAACACUCGCACAUGAUCGCGCACCUGCAGCCUGAAACCUCCUACGACAUCAAGAUGCAGUGCUACAACGACGGCGGCGAGAGCGAUUACAGCAACGUCAUGAUCUGCGAGACCAAAGCCCGUCAGUCUCCAGGGUCUCACAGCCAGCACCCCGUCACCCCGCCCGGGUCCCAUCCCCCGGAGUCCCACAGCCCGCCCGGAGGCCUGCUGUACCUUAUUGUUGGCAUCAUCCUGGUGGUGAUGGUUCUCAUCCUGCUGGCCUUCAUCGCCAUGUGUCUGCGGCAUAACCAGCAGCAGAACAACAUGCACAAGUACGACCCCCCCGGCUACCUGUACCAGCCUGCCGACAUGAACGGCCACGUCAUGGAGUACAACACGCUGAACGGCGGGGUCCACGGCGGCUACGGUCACGGCGGGACCAUGGUUCCCCCGGGCUGCCACCACCUCCACCACAAGCUCCCAAAUGACCUGACCCUGCUCAACGGCUCCGGCGGGCUGUUCUCGCCCCCGCACCCUCACAGCCACGAUGGCGUGCGCGAGCACCCGCACCACCAUCACGACGGCGGGGGCUUGUACUCGCCGCUGGCGCAGAAUGAGAAGUCCGACUGCUUGAGCCACCAGAACCACUGCAACAACAACCGGUGCUACAACAAGAACAACAGCUCUCUUCCUCUCGUGCACCGGGUGGCGCCAUGCCAGCAGGACGGACUGGAGAUGGUCCCGCUGGGUCAGGUGUCCUCGCAGUGUCGGGGACACUACGGUCACGACAGCGAGGCCAACACGGUGAACCAGCAGGAACAGGACCAACCUGUGGACAAGAACGACGAGGACCCGCACCGUGUGGACUCGGACUCGGUGGUGUCCUGGGAGACUCUGGGACUUCCGGACUUGGACUGUGACGAAAAGCCCGCGUGGAUAUCCAGCAGCAGCCUGGCGGGGGAGCUGAUCCAGCCGGGGCCCCAGGAGGUCCAGUGAGCGGCGCUGGCCGGAUUACGUUUCGUAAAGACUCGCCACCUGCAGGACGAGCGACUUGGACUCGAGCAAACAAACCCUGAAGGGAAAACUCCUUAGAUGCCUUAUUUAUUUUUGUAGUAGAAAUGAUAUUUUAUAUGAAUGUAUCUGUUUCAAAGAAGAAAGUUUGUCGUUUAUGUUAUUUAUGCCUUGGUUCGGAUCAGAGACCCUCUAUGUUCCUCCGGCACGCCGCGUCGCAGCUGUCUGUAAAGUUUUGUAAAAAUAUAAAGAGAACUAU